AUGGUUUUUGAGGAGUCAUUCUCUUCAAAGGUAGAGAGAGUAGUUCAGGCUCAUUUUAUAGAGGAAAACAAAGUAACGACCCGUGGGCUGAAGGAUGACACAACAUGCAUAGUAGUUGACAUAAUUCCUCCCGAUAACACUGUACAGCCUGCAACUCCUCCCAAGAAGUAUAACAAGUUCCAAUCCCUUUUCUUCAGAAGAAAGUCGCAUAAAUCUGUUGCUAAACUAUCGAAAAAGCUGUCAGCUGUAGGCAUUGUAGAGGAACUGUUUGAAGAAGGCUCAGCAAUGCUUGCUGAAAGAUUGGGGAGUGAGGAUUCAAAUGAUCCAUCAAUGUCCGGUCUCUUCAUUUGUGCUGUUUGCCAGGUUGACCUUGCUGCAAGCGAAGGCAUAUCAGUACAUGCUGGUUCAAUUUUCUCAACGAGCUCAAAGCCUUGGCAAGGUCCUUUCCUAUGUGCUGACUGUCGUAAUAAGAAAGAUGCCAUGGAAGGAAAACGACCAAGUGGAGUUAAAGUCGCUUAACUCCGUGCAUCAUUUCCAAGUGUGUCAAAUUUUUUGUUAUAGUAAUUCUUUCUGAUUUCUGUCUCAUAUCUUAGUUAAGGUGAUUUAUUGAACAUUGGCAUCAAAGCAUAUUAUAUGUCAGCCAAUAAUGUAAAUAGGUUCUAUAAAAUGAAAAAAAAAAAAAAGUGUGAUAGAGGUAAUUGGGAUGUUCUCAGAUCCCUCUUUCAUAGUAGUUAUGACAUUAAUCAAGAGAUUAAAUUUGUGCAAGAGCUACUUAUUUUGUACUUCAAGAUAUUGAAGGGAAAACAUGUUUUGAAUUUCA